AUAUUUUCUUUUUCCAUUCAGCCAGGAGCUAUUGAGACUGCUGUGGAAGACUUGAAAGGCCACAUAGCUGAUACUUCUGGUGAGACCAUUCAAGGCUGCUGGCUCUUGACAGAGAUAGACCACUGGAACAAUGAGAAGGAGAAGAUUUUGCUGCUUACAGAUAAGACUCUCUUAAUCUGCAAAUAUGACUUCAUCAUGCUCAGCUGUGUGCAGAUGCAGCGGAUUCCCCUGAGUGCUGUCUGUCGCAUCUGCCUGGGCAACUUUACCUUCCCUGGGAUGUCACUGGACAAGAGACCAGGAGAAGGCCUUAGGAUCUACUGGGGGAGUCCAGAGGAGCAGUCGCUAUUGUCCCGCUGGAACCCAUGGUCCACUGAAGUUCCUUAUGCUACUUUCACUGAGCACCCUAUGAAAUACACCAGUGAGAAGUUCCUUGAAAUUUGCAAGUUGUCUGGGUUCACAUCUAAACUUGUUCCAGCUAUUCAGAAUGCCCACAAGAUUUCUACUGGAUCUGGAAGAGGAAAGGAACUGAUGGUGUUAACUCAACCCAUUUUGAUUGAGACCUACACAGGGCUGAUGUCAUUUAUUGGAAACCGCAACAAACUUGGCUAUUCCCUUGCCCGUGGGAGUAUUGGUUUUUGAGGCAUUUUUGUGGACCAUAUGGUAUCAUAUGUGUAGAUAUGCCAUUUUUGAAGAUUUUAUUUAAGUUCCUUAUAGUUUUGGACUGA